AUGCUUUCCCAGUCGGAGGAGACGGGGCCUGCGGGAGCCGCUCGGGAGUCCCCUCACACCAGUACUGAGCGCAAAGAGCCGCACCCGGAGGAGGCGUCACGGGAGAAGGGGGCUUCCGGCACUCGGAAGUGGCCGCCCCUAAGCCGUGGCUCCAGAAAGGCUCUUCUCCCUGGUAGAGCCCACCCCUCCCCACAGGUCCCGGCCCAUUCCCGGGAGGGGAGGACCCGAGACCGGCAGAUGGCCGCCGCCCUCCUCACAGCCUGGUCCCAGAUGCCGGUGACCUUUGAGGAUGUGGCUUUGUACCUGUCCCGGGAGGAGUGGGGCCGCCUGGACCACGCGCAGCAGAGCAUCUACAGAGACGCCCUGCAGAAGAGGAACGGGCUCGGGUUUCCCAUCAACAGGCCUUUCUGGGCCUCCCGAGUGCCGGGGAGGGGUGAGGCCUCUGGCUCCGGGUCCGGGCAGCAGGCAGGGGAGAAAGAGGAGGAGAAGACGGCCGUGCGUACAGUGGGAAAUGAGGCUUCGGACCCCCUUGGAGAUGUGAAGCCCUUCAGAACCAAGGCGGGCAGAGCCCUGGGGGCCUCCCUGCAGUGUGUGCAGCCUGCAGCCAGCAAGCAGGGCUUGGGAAAGGCUGAGGACAACAAGCGGCCUGGGCGUCUGGAGCAGGGACAGCCAAAGCCUGCCCUACCGGCCACCAGCCUUCCAGAGACCCAGGAGGGUGGCGCCCCCAAGCAGCCCGGCGAGGAGGGCACCACUGCUCCCGAGGGCAGGGCUGAGGGCCCCACCGCCAAGGCCGAGGCCCCCAGGAAGACCUACAAGUGCGAGCAGUGCGGCAAGGAUUUCAACCAUCGCUCCAACCUCAACGCGCACAAACGUAUCCACACCGGCGAGAGGCCGUACGGCUGCAGCGAGUGCGGCAAACGCUUCAGCCACAGCUCGCAUCUCACCACGCACCAGCGCACCCACCGCGGCAUCCGGCCCUACUCCUGCGCCCUGUGCGGCAAGAGCUUCACCCGCCACUCGACGCUCACCCAGCACCAGCGCAUCCACACCGGCGAGAAGCCCUACCUGUGCGACUACUGCCCGAAGCGCUUCCUCCGCCGCUCGGACCUGGUCAACCACACGGGCAUCCACACGGGCAUCAAGCCCCACAAGUGUCUCGUGUGCGGCAAGUGCUUCACGCAGAGCUCGGCCCUGGUCACCCACCAGCGCAACCACGCCGGCAUCAAGCCCUACCCGUGCCCGGAGUGCGGCAAGGGCUUCAGCCAUCGCUCCAUCCUCAUCGCCCACAACCGCACCCACACCGGCGAGAAGCCCUACCAUUGCCUCGACUGCGGCAAGAGCUUCAACCACAGCUCGCACCUCACUGCCCACCAGCGCACCCACCGCGGCGUCCGGCCCUACUCCUGCUCCUUCUGCGGCAAGAGCUUCAGCCGCAGCUCCAACCUGCACCGGCACGAGAAGAUCCACACCCCGGGCCCCAAGACCGGAGGCGAGCCAGUGCCAGAGGAGAAGGCAGGGCCAGGGAAGAAGGCGGAGUUGGGGGAGAAGGCGGGGCUGAGGGAGAAGGUGGAGCCAGGGGAGAAGGCGGAGCUGGGGAAGAAGGUGGGGCAGAGGGAGAAGGCGGAGCCGGGUGAGAAGGUGGGGCUGAGGGAGAAGGCGGAGCUGGGGAUGAAGGCGGAGCUGGGGAUGAAGGCGGAGCCGGGGGAGAAGGCGGGGCUGGGGGCAAAGGCGGGGCUGAGGGGGAAGGCGGAGCCGGGGGAGAAGGCGGAGUCCCUGACAGUGGACGCAAUAGACGAACGGCCUUCUGGGGGAUGUAGUUCUGAAAACCUGCCGUGGCGCAUGCGCCGCACGGUUUCCCGGCGAGCCUCGCGCUGGUUUCCGGCGCCGCGAACUGGCGACGGAACUGGGAACGCCUGGGCAGCUGUGGAGGCUGAGUGUCCCGGGGGCGGGGACCGGCGACUCGGGCCGCCGCGCUCCAGGUACGCGCGCGGGGCUGCGGGCCCGGGCCGAUACCCCGAGGCAGAGGACGAGCGGGUGCACACCGCUGGGAAGUGCUGA